AGAACAAAGUUUGGCGCUCUAUUGAGCAGAUUAACAAUGCAAAAUGGAUAAUCCGAAUUUUCUGGAUAGAAAAAGUUAAUCUUGCACAAAGGAAUAAUAUGUCCAACGUGAAAGUAGCUUUGAGAAUCCGUCCAUCGAAUAAACGUGAACGAAGGGACGCCUCGAAAAUAGUGUUAAGAGUGGAAAAUUCUUCUAUUACUCUAAUAAACCCAAAGUUGCAGAUUCCUAAUACAUACGGCGAUAGCCGAGAUCGAGAAAAGAAAUUUACAUUCGAUUUUGUGUACGCUCCAGAGGAAUGUUCCUAUAGGCCUAAUGACACUCAGGAAGAGAUUUUUAAUGAUCUCGGAAGCAAAAUUGUACAAUCAGUUUUCGAUGGAUAUAACGCAUGUGUUUUUGCGUACGGUACUACGGGAAGCGGUAAAACUCAUACUAUGAUAGGAUAUGAGAAUGAAAUUGGUAUUACUCCAAGAAUAUGUCAGGCUUUGUUCAAUGGAAUAAGCGAAAGUCCUCCGGAAAAAGAUGAUAAACAAAAAACAAACAUUUAUAAAUUAGCUGCAAGUUAUUUAGAAAUUUACAAAGAAAAAGUUCGUGAUUUACUAGCUCCGAAAUCAACUCAGGGAUUGAAAGUUCGUGAACAUCCAAAAGACGGUCCAUAUGUCCAAGACUUAUCUCAACAUGCUGUAAAGACUAAUUUACAUCUACAAAAGCUCAUUUCUGAAGGCAGUAAAAGACGUUCUGUUGCUGCUACACAUAUCCAUGAUCGAAGUAGUAGAAGUCAUGCAAUUUUUAUAAUUUAUUUUCUACAGGCACAUUUAGAAACAAACACUCCCAGUGAAAAAAUGUCUAAAGUUAAUUUAGUUGAUUUAGCUGGUAGUGAAAGAGCCGAUAAUAGCUCAAAUUCAAGUUCAAAACGACUGAAAGAAGGAGCUAAUAUAAAUAAAAGCCUUGUUACUUUGGGUACAGUUAUUAAAAGCUUAGCUGAAAUUGGGCUCUUAAGUUCUGAAUCAUCAGCUUCAACUGGUACAGUUAGAAGUAGAAAUCUGUACAUUCCCUAUAGAGAUUCCGCGCUUACCUGGUUGUUGAAAGAUAGUUUAGGUGGAAAUUCAAAUACAAUUAUGAUUGCAACUAUAUCUCCUACCGAAAAGCAAUAUUCUGAAACGUUAAGUACACUUCGAUAUGCCCAGAGAGCAAAAAAUAUUGUCAAUAAACCAACUGUUAAUGAAGAUCCAAAUGUAAGACUUAUCAAGGAGCUAAGAGCGGAAAUUGAACGAUUAAAAUUACUUCUAGACUGUCGUCAAAAUGGGGUAUGCAAUAUUUUUAUAGUUUAUACUUCUUCCCUGUUCUUAAUCGAUCACCCUCACGUUCCCCAAGACGUAGAGGGAAUAAGACAAUAG